CGUUCGCCCAGCUCGUGGAGGCUAUUUAUAUUCUGCAGUUCUCGUCUGCUUCCACUGAGCGGCGACGGCGGAUUCAUCGAGUUUGCCACGGCGAGUAAGCAAGUUGAAGAGGAAAACCGCUUUAUACAAGAUGAAGACAUUGUGGACUCUGGUGGUGCUGGUGGUGGUCCUGGUGGCUACAGCGUCUGCUGGGCACAAAUGCAAGUAUGAGAGGCAGGGAAAAUGGUCUGAAUGUGAGAACGGCAAACAGACUGUGACAAAGGUCAAACAGGAAGGGUCAGACCAAUCAUGUCCUCAGAAAAAGGUCAAGACCAGAAUGUGUGUUGCAGGAGAAAAAUGCAAGUAUGAGAAAAACGACUGGAGUGAAUGCAAUGAAGCGACCAAUCUGCAAACCCGUACCAUGACCCUGAAGACUGGGAGUUCGCGAUGCUCACCUGUAAAGUCUAUAACGCGCAAAUGCAAAAAAGCUUGCAAGUACCAGAAAGGAAACUGGAGUGAGUGUGAUCCCAUGACAAAGAAGAUGACUCGGACGCUAACCCUCGUCAAGGGCAGCGACCAGUGUCCACCAAGCAAAACCAGGCAGAGGCGAUGCAGGAAACGGAAAUCGAGUAGAAAAGCCUGUAAGUAUAACCGGGGCCCUUGGAGCCAGUGUGAUCCAGUUACUAACAAGAUGCAGCGCACGAUGACCCUUAAACGAGGCGACCGAGAUGCAUGUGAUCCAAUCAAAAAGGUGACCAGACAGUGUCGUCGUAGAGCAGCUUUGACUGCUGCUAGAAUACACACGAAAUGUAAGUAUGAGUUUGCAGACUGGCAGCAGUGUGACCUACGAACCAACACGAUGACACGGAUAAUGAAUCUAGUCCAGGGGGACCCAGAAAAAUGUGCUCCAACAAAAGAAUUGAAACGCAAAUGUAGGAAACCAUGCAAGUUCCGUAAAGGGAGCUGGUCUGCCUGUCACCCCACAACACAUCUUAUGACAAGAAUGGAUACUUUAAUCAAGGGAGAUAAAAAGUUCUGUUCAAACAAACGACAGAUCACUAAGAAAUGUAAAAAAGGAAAGAGAAAAUGCCAGUAUGAUAUAGGCGAGUGGAGUGACUGCAAUACCACCACCAACAAGAGAACCCGUGUGAAAAAGCUGAAAAAAGGCGACUUGAAAGUGUGUAAACCUGAGAUAGCCAUGACCAAGUCAUGUAGCAGACCAAAUGGAAAAGAGCGAUGCUUCUUUGGAAAAUGGGGAGAAUAUCUUCCAUGUAUGAACGGUGUGAUGACAAAAACAAGGGAGCUAAUCCAGGGUGGAACUGAGUGUGAAAGGAAGGCUGUGAAAACCAAGGCUUGCAGUUGAGCCACUUUGUAAAAGCCCUAGUGGCCUGGACAUUUGCCAAAGACUUGACUGUAUUAUCUCCCUUUGAAUGCUCAGCUUUGCUAUAGCUGCUCAACCAAUAGGCUUUCACCUUUGCAUUCCUCUACAUCUGCAUAAUGUAAGUACAAGGGAAUAAGAAAGAAAUAUUGACCUUACAAUGUGAUACAGGAAUCUUUGUAUGCUGCUUUACUGACCGAUCUUGUCAGUAGGAUAAUCUUGACUUCAAACAUAUUAAAGAGUAACAUAUUAUAUUUUCCUUAUCAAUAUCAUAUUUCUCUGUGCAAAAAGGCUGUCCAGUCAACUAGUUCAUUCUGUAUUUCAUGGAUGGCAAGUGAACCAAAACUUUUCCAACAAAUUAAUUCUGAAAUAAUAAGGUUCUUUCCUAAGUUACAGUCAGAACUAACUUAGAAGAAAACUUGCUCGUCAAUGGCAUUGGCUCAUUCUGCACGUGCAUAGUAAGAAGAAUAUGGUUUGCACUAAAUAAGCAACAACUAAGUCUCAGAUGCCAAUAGCUUUUAUAGAUUAAAUAUAUGCUGGGAGCAGGGUAAAUGAAAUGUUAGAAGUCACUGUUUGUAUUCAAGAUAUUAACUUUCUUUAUCAAAUUUGUGAGUAAAUGUUAUCCUCCUUCAGGAUAUUUUCAAACAACUCUUACGUCGGGAGUUUCAGUUUGUUUAGCAGUUGCUCCUUCGCACAUUUUAGGUUUCACUGAUGUCAAACUGGUCAUUGUUUCACCUUAUGACACCAUAUAGUUAUCAGGCCAUAGGAAAUUAAUUAUGUGAGCUUUUUCACCCCAUUGGCCAUUUCCUGUAGGAUGGCAUAUUUUGUAAAGACAUGAUCAGCUAUAAAACAAGAAAUAUUUCCUGUCCAUCUCAGAUGAAAUUAAUUGAUUUGUUGUGACUGGGUUCCAUUGCUUCCUUCAAGAUUUUUGUUGUUUUGUGAAUGAAUGUUUUCUAGUCAUCCAUAAUGGUUUCAGCCUGGUGCUUUGUCCAUAACAGCAUUAUCUGUGAGCUGCAGCCUCCAAUGUCAAUUAUACACGAUUAGAUUUAUUGCAUACAAUAUUAAUGGUAAUUUUAGAUCAAGUGUAUUCAUUUCUAGCAGAGACCAUAUACUGAUAUAUGGUCUCAGUUUCUAGUUUAGAUAUGGAUAUUAUUUGUUAUAUAACCUGUUUGUAUUGAGAUAUUCUGCUUAUCCUUUAGCUGUUAAUGCUUCAGUUACAUUGUUGAACAUUUAUCUAAAUGUUUCCAUUUCAUGUCCAUUUAAGCCACUGACUGUCAUAAUAUGUGUGUAUAUUGGCAUGCACGUUGAUAAUAAUUGACAAUGUUGACCUACAGAAUAAAUUAAUGCUGCAUGUUAUAGUAUAUACACUUAAUGUGAUGUAUUUGGACAAAGCUCUCUUCAAGAUUGUUUUCCAAAUGUACAUGGCAAUACUAGUUUAAUGUAAUCUUGUGCUCAAGGUAUUUUACAUCAAUUGUAAGUCCUUUUGCUGAAAUGUCCCAUACAGUGUUAAAAGCAUACGUGAUAUAUAAUGUCAGUGAUUCCUAUCUAUGUGAACCAGAUUUUGCCUUUGUAAUCUUGCUGGGUAACUUUGUUGUUGUUGUUUGACCAACAGCAAAUACUGACAACGACUUAGCAUCUUUCUAAAAUGUAUAGACUGCUUAUUGCACCAAACAUCAUUUUCUCCAGGAAUCAAGGUGUGUUUGUUCUUACUGUGGGAUCAUUUUCUCCACAACCUGUUUGUUGUUGGAAACAAAGCAGGAAAUGAUCUAGAAGUCAUAUUUUGUGUGUUUUCAUAGUGUCCAUAUUUUUUACAUCUCCCAAGGGUUUUAAUUUGUGUUAACACAGUUACCAUAUUGUGUCAGUUAUGAAACUAUUUCACAGCAUGGCUAUUUCCCUGAAUUGCACGUUUGUUGAUACAAAUUGCAUUUCUUUUCAAAAGACAAAUUCCAUAAAAUAUCUUUGUUAGAUGAUAUUUGUAGUGAGGGAUUUGUACCUCUUUCCCUGUAUUUAUAUUGUGUAUUAGUAUUUUGAUUUGUGUUUAUCCGCAUCAUGGUUUUCUACUUACUGGACACUUUACUUAAGUUUAAUUGGUAUUAAUGCUUGAAAUGUUUAUUGUUCAUGGUAAACAACGAUUCUCAUUUUGAAUUUAAGCUGACAAAUAUUUGGAAUAUUUUUGUUUGAUUAAAUUUAUGGUGCUAGUUUGUUUGGUGUAAGUGAAUGCUUUUUCUUAGAUGAAUUGUUCCUGUUGGAUCAAACUAUUUGGUUAACGAUAAGAAAGAUGCUGGGCAUUGAACGAAUCUUGUUUUAGCUUUUAGUGUAUUUUGUGCUUUUAUUACUUACCAGACAAACUUUCUGGAAAGACAUAUUAGGUAUGUGUAUUUUAAUAAUAUGUUAGCCAUCAUGACAAUAGCGUGUUCUGUUCGCCUAUGUUCUGACUGAAUAAGGUUUUAUGCCACUUUUAGCAAUAUUCAAGCAAUAUCACGGCUGGGGACACCAUAAAUGGGCUUCACACAUUGUACCCAUGUGGGAAAUCGAACUCAGAUCUUUGGCAUGAUGAGUGAAUGCUUUAACCUCUAGACCACCCCAUCGCCCUAUAUUGAAAAGCCUUUCAAGAUCGUUCUGGGGUAAAGGCUUGUUCUAGGUCACAGACAGCUCUGAUUAGCUAAUGAAUUAACUAUCAAUGUAAUUAACUUAAACUCUGUAUAUUAACUCUAAAACCUUUUAUGAAAAUAAGUAACAUUUGCCACCAAAUUUUGGUUGUGACUUCCAAUGAUAUUGGUAUUAUCUAUAAAAGUAGUCAUGAGUCAGUGUGCAGCAAAAAGAUUUAUUCCCGCCUGUUCUUUGUUAUUGUAUCUUCCAGUAUAGCACACUGCAUGGUGCAGUAAGAACAUCAAUUGUUACUGGAGGUCAGAAAAGUUAGGUCCUGACUGUAAGCCAUGUUAUAAAUGUAUAUAUCCCCAUGGUCACAAAUUUACCAUAGGCAUUACAGAGUGAUAUACACUGUUAAGACGGUUCAAGGUUAUCUUUUUGUCAGAUUUUAAUCUGUUCGUGACAUUCAACUUGAAACCACGAAACGACAAUCAUACAUCAGUCAAAGGUUUUAAAGUAUAUAUUUAUACUAUAUAUAUACAUACUGAGAAUUUUAUAGAACUUGUCUUCCAUUGGUUCUUUUUUGUAGCUCAAUUUUCUGAUUUACAGACAUAGCAUUAUAAUUGUUAAUAGAUAUGUGAUGAGAGUACUUUGUUCAGAGAUAUGUUUCAUAAUAGAUUGUUCCGUUUAGAGUGUACCCUAGGGUUUUUAAUUAUUAGUUUUAAUUGGAACAUAAUGUUUACAUUUAAAAUAAAGUGUUAUAGUUAAGAA